GUUUUGGUGUCUGCUGUCUGUUGCCGCUGCGGUCUGUUUGCUGCUCCUAUCAGCACUCCAAAUUUUGAAAAACCAUCACACUUUUAUAACCAAUUCGUAGCUACUGUACAUCUUUCGAUGGGUCUUCUCUCGCUUUUGCGGAAAUUACGAUCGGCGCCGGAAAAGGAGCUACGCAUCCUGCUGCUCGGGCUGGACAAUGCCGGCAAAACCACCCUGCUCAAACAGCUUGCAUCCGAGGAAGUGACGCAGGUGACUCCCACGGCGGGAUUCAACAUAAAGUCCGUCGUGUCGGACGGAUUCAAGCUGAACGUUUGGGACAUCGGUGGGCAAAGCAAAAUUCGACCGUACUGGAAAAACUACUUCGAAAACACGGACGUGCUGAUAUAUGUGAUCGAUUCGAGCGACAAGAAACGGCUGGAAGAAACGGGCGACGAGCUUACGGAGCUGCUGCUCGAUGAUAAGCUAAAAUCCGUACCUUUGCUAGUGUUUGCCAACAAGCAGGAUGUGGUUGGUGCACUGAAAGCUUCCGAGAUUGCUGAGUGUUUGAAGCUGGUGAAGCUAAUGGACCGCACCUGGCAGAUACAAGGCUGUUCGGCUCUGCAAGGCACAGGCGUGAAGGAGGGAAUGGAUUGGGUUUGCAAAAGCAUAAAGAAAUAAGCCUUACUACUAACUCGAUGCACCAAUUCCAUUUCGAUUCGAUCACACUGAUCCAACCAACAUUCCGUCCACCUAUAUCUUUCACAAGCCUUAACACCGAAGUGCAAUAAAAAGCAUAUGCAUAAAACGAA